AUGGCCGCCUCGGUCCCAGUCCCCGCCAUACCUAUCCCCGAGGAGCACAAGGAACUCUUCUCAUCCGUCAAUACCUUCGUCCACGGCUACAUGUCCAGCCCUGGUCACGACAACUCACACGACUAUCACCACAUUAUACGCGUCCUCUCUAAUGCCCACCGCAUUGUAAAUGCAGAUCCGAAAAGCAUAUCAGGAGCCCCGUACAACGCAUUCAUCAUCUACCUGGCCGCUCUGUUACACGACGUAGGCGACCACAAGUACGCCAAAGCCGGCGAAGACGUAGAGAACCAAGUCUCACAGAUCCUGCUCGAACGCGGUGCAGAUGAAGAGCUUGCCAACAAGGUUCAGGUCAUCGUAAAGCACGUUGGAUACACCAACGAGGUGAAGAACCCGCAGUCGGUCAUCAAUGUCUUGCAGAGGUACCCUGAAUUGGCAGUCGUGCAGGAUGCGGACCGUCUAGAUGCUAUUGGAGCGGUGGGAGUGGCGAGGUGUUUUGCGUUUGGAGGUGCGAAAGGCAAUGGGAGACCGUUGGCUGGCGCGAUUGAUCACUUCGACGAGAAGCUAUUCAAACUGGAGGACAUGAUGAAGACCGAAGCUGGGAAGCGUAUGGCGGGACAUCGGACGAGACUCAUGAAAGACUUUGCAAAGGAGUUCAACUCAGAAGCAGGGCUCACCUUCGAAAACUUGUGGAGGUGA